GCCAUGUCUUCGAAUCGUCUCACACAGCCAUUCGGCAAUCUCAACCUCGACGAGAACGAUCCUGUGCUCAAGUCCAUCAACGAAACGAAAGCAGAAUAUGUUCGCUUGGGAAGGUCAGGCCUCCGUGUGUCUGUGCCAAUCUUUGGAGCCAUGUCAUUCGGACAUAAAGACUGGCAGCCAUGGGUGAUAGAAGAAGCAGAAGCACUUCCCCUCUUGAAGGCAGCAUACGAUCGUGGUCUUACGACGUUUGAUACGGCCAAUGUCUAUAGUAAUGGUGUGUCUGAGGCCAUUAUUGGAAAAGCGCUGAAGCAUUACAAGAUUCCAAGAGAUAAGGUUGUCAUCUUGAGCAAAUGUUAUGGUUACGUAGGAGAAGAGCCGGGUGUGCGAGGGAUAAUGUAUGGACAAGCCAUUGCGCAGAGCAAGGACUACGUGAACCAUGGCGGGCUGUCAAGAUCUGCGAUAUUCCAAGCCGUCAAUGCGAGCUUGAAGAGGCUGGACACAGACUAUUUGGACCUGCUACAGAUCCAUCGAUUUGAUCCUGAAACGCCCAUAGAAGAGACCAUGGAGGCGCUGCAUGACCUUGUCAGGAGCGGCAAGGUGCGCUACAUUGGUGCAUCGAGCAUGUGGACAUAUCAGUUCGCCAUGAUGCAAUUUGUUGCUGAGAAAAAUGGCUGGACCAAGUUCAUCAGCAUGCAGAACCACUACAACCUUCUCUAUCGCGAAGAGGAACGUGAAAUGAACAAGUUUUGCAACGAGACUGGAGUCGGCUUGAUUCCGUGGGCUCCACUCUGCCGCGGCCAUCUGGCACGCCCUCCGCAGGAGCACGGUAGCACGAUCCGUUCUGCAGGUGAGCAGAAGAACAGCAUGUUCACUACAGGACAGAGUGAAAGCGACCAAAUUAUCAUCAAAAGGGUGCAAGAGCUGGCUGAGAAGAAGGGAUGGACAAUGGCCCAUAUUGCGCUGGCGUGGAUUAACAAAAGAGUCAGCAGCCCAAUCAUUGGCUUCUCUAGUGUUGAUAGGAUUGAAGAAGCCCUUGCUGUGAGAGGCAAGACCCUAACGGAGGAGGAGGAGAAAUAUCUGGAGGAGCCUUACAUUACCAGAGACAUCCAGGGUCAUUCGUGAGCGCGCGAGCUUUCAGAACAUCAUCGUGGUGCUUCUGAAAUUCUCACUAAAAGGUCGUGGGAGGAGUAGGGAGGUCAAGCAAAGAGUCAGGGUAAAUCAACAAGGAUUCUUGAGAAGCAUCCACAUGCAUUCCAUUCCUUAGGCGCUGCUGGGAAACGCCAUGCAUGUCCUGUGCCCGUUCUUUAUGCAGGCGUGAAAUCGAUCUUCUGUACAUUUC